CACUCUCACUCGCUCUCUGUUCAUUUUUUUUUUUGCCUCCUUCAUUUCCCCCCAGGGGUUCGUUCUUUCGCCUUUCUCUUCUCUUUCUUCUUUGUCGCUACCAAAUGUGAAGGAGCUGCUGGGUAGAGCAUGAACUGAAGCCCUAGGGUUUCUUUUUCUUCUCCCCCUCCCCCAAAUCAAUCAAUCAGUCAGUCAAUCAGAUCUUCCGUCCAGCUCACUCUUGCAUAUAUUUUACCCCUUCAUUCGUAUUCCUUCCAUGGCUAAAACCAGGCCAGGCCUCGCCUCCAGCAACUCCAAGCCCAAAGGUACUGCCAGUGCUGCUGGUGCUGGCAAGAAGGAGCUCGACUCCUACACCAUUCGCGGCACCACCAAAGUCGUCAAAGUGGGCGACUGCGUGCUGAUGAGACCUUCCGACACCGGGAAGCCGCCUUACGUUGCCAGAAUCGAGGGCAUCGAUUCCGACUCCAGAAAUAAUGUCAAGGUCCGGGUCAGGUGGUACUACCGCCCCGAGGAGUCUCUCGGAGGCCGCCGUCAGUUCCAUGGCGCCAAAGAGCUCUUUCUCUCCGACCACCACGAUGUCCAGAGCGCACACACCAUCGAGGGGAAAUGUACUGUUCACUCGUUUAAGAACUAUACCAAACUCGAGAAUGUUGGUGCCGAGGACUACUUCUGCAGGUUCGAGUAUAAGGCUGCUACUGGAGGCUUCACCCCGGACCGUGUUGCUGUGUACUGCAAAUGUGAGAUGCCGUAUAACCCGGAUGACCUUAUGGUCCAAUGUGAGGAGUGCAAGGACUGGUAUCAUCCAGCUUGUGUGGGAAUGACAAUUGAGGAAGCUAAGAAAUUGGAUCACUUUGUUUGCUCUGAAUGUUCUCCUGACGACGAUGUCAAAAGACCACAGAAUGGGUUUUCAACAUCACCAACAGCUGAUGUCAAGGACCUGGUAAUUCCAGUGACAAAUUUCAACAAUGAGGACAAAGGAUUUAUGGUUCUAGCUGGCGAUGUGUUUGAUGUACCUAUUAGAAAAGACAUCGUUCAUCGAGUCGUGAGGUGGCAACUCGCCAAACGACAGCAAGGAACACAUUCGACAAAAACAAUCAGUGAGGUUAGUGGGACUGGGAGAAAGCCAUGGAAUCAGAAGGGAAGUGGAAGGGCUAGGCAUGGAACGCUGCGUGGACCUCAGUUCAGAGGUGGUUGUGUUAUGCAUGGCCCCAAGCCACGAAGCCACGCCUUUAAACUAAAUAAGCAGGUCAGGCGUUUAGGGUUGAAGAUUGCGUUGACAGCACGUGCAGCAGAAGGAAAGCUUCUUGUGUUUGAGGAUUUGGAGGUUCCUACACACAAAACCAAGAAUAUCGUCAACUAUGUCCAGCAGAUGGAGAAUGCCAAGAAACUGCUGCUGGUUGAUGGUGGUUCCAUCAAUGAAAAACUGAAGCUGGCUACACAAAAUAUACAUUAUGUCAAUGUGCUACCUUCAAUUGGAUUGAAUGUCUACAGCAUACUGCAACAUGACACAUUGGUGAUGUCCCGUGCUGCGGUGAAUGGAAUUGUGGAUCGAAUGCACACGCCAAUCAACCGCUAACCGACUGCAAUGCUGUUUGUGAAGGAAACCCGUUCUUUUUCCUAUAGGCGAGGGUAAAUCAUAGGCCAAAGCAAAUAAGAUGUCCAUCUGUCAGUGUUUUUUGGGUGCUCCAGCUUGGAAACGUGACAAGGCUAGAAUGUGGUAUUGAUGUAAGCAAAGGUGUUUCAGUCGUACUAGAUUAAUGCGGUUGAAACUUGAAGAAACCAAUGGUGCUGUCCUAAACCUGUGGCUUUGUAUGCUCAUCUUCAUUGUUGAUCGCUUUGCAAGAAUAUUAGGAUUUAAUGAGCAUUUUCCAGUAAUACCAUGGCAGAAACUUUUUCUGGCUAAAAAA